AUGUCAUCAUCAAUUGAUAUCUUCAAAACAGUAGAUGAUCUAUUACAAUCAAUAACAACAAACAAAAUAGCAUAUUAUGGAUUAUUAGUUGCAUUAUUAGUUGGUGUAUUUAAAUUAACUACUUUCACAUUAUCUUUUGGUACACUUUUAUUUGAAUUAUUUAUAAAACCAUCAGUUGAUUAUAAAGUAUAUGGAGCAAAUAGUGGGAAAUUUGCAGUGGUCACUGGUGCAUCAGAUGGAAUUGGUAAAGAAUUUGCUUUACAAUUGGCUAAAAAGGGUUUUGGAAUCGUUUUAGUUUCUAGAACUCAAUCUAAAUUAGAAAUUUUAGCUACUGAAAUUGAAACCAAAUAUAAAGUUGAUACUAGAAUUAUUGCAUUUGAUGCAACAACUGAUUCAGAAGAAAACUAUGAAAAAUUAAAUAAAUUAAUUUAUGAUUUACCUAUAACUAUAUUAAUUAAUAAUGUUGGACAAUCUCAUUCUAUACCAGUUCCAUUUUUAGAAACUACUACAAAAGAAUUACAAAAUAUUAUAACUGUUAAUAAUUUAGCAACUUUAAAGAUAACACAAAUUGUUGCACCAAUAAUUGCUAAAACUGUGGGUAAACAUGAUUCAAAAAUAAAAGGUUUAAUAUUAACAAUGGGAUCAUUUGCAGGUUUAAUUCCAACCCCAUAUUUAGCUACUUAUUCAGGUUCAAAGGCUUUUUUACAAGAAUGGUCAAAUGCAUUAGCUGGAGAAUUGGCAUCUGAUCAUAUUGAUGUUGAAUUAAUUAUAUCUUAUUUAGUUACAUCAGCAAUGUCCAAGAUAAAAAGAACUUCACUUGCUAUACCAUCUGCUAAAAAAUUUGUAACUUCAGCUUUAAGUGGUGUUGGAACAAGAAAUGGUGCACAAGAAAGGUUUGCUACUUCUACUCCAUAUUGGGUUCAUGCUUUAAUGCAUUUUGGAAUUGUUAAUACUGUUGGUACUUAUUCAAAAAUUGCAAAUAGUAUUAAUUACAAAAUGCAUAAAGAUAUUAGAAUUAGAGCUUUGAAAAAACAAGCAAGAUUAUCUAAUACUUCUAAUUCUGGUGUUGAAAAAAUUGAAUAA